AUGGCGAAGCCAAUCCAUUAUCUAUCCGCUCACGAGCUGCGGGCCAAGUUGGAGUCUGGCGAGCUAACCAGCGCAGACUUAACCGCAAGUCUGUUGGACACUCGGAUCGACAUUGUAAACAAGUGCAACGCUAUAGUCAUCCACGCACCAAGGGAUAGUAUUAUAAAACAGGCCAAAGACCUGGAUGCAGAGAGGGCGGCGGGUAAGGUGCGAAGCAAGCUGCAUGGGAUUCCCAUCGUUGUCAAGGAUGUUGUGAUUAAUGAUGCCUCUAUGGGAAUGGGCACCUCUGCAGGAGCUUCUGGUGUCAUGGAUACCAUGACCGCGACCAAGAAUUCUGUCCUGCUCCAACGGCUCUUAGAUGCUGGCAUGAUUGUCGUUGCGAAAACCAACUUGACAGAGCUUUGUGGUCUCAAAUCGGACAAUACGCCAAUUGGCUGGUCUGGUGUCCAAGGGCAAACGCUAUCUCCGUACCGACGUGAAGGGCUCGAUGAAAAAGAUCAGCCAGAGGCAUCUGGUUCGUCAUCUGGAUCGUGUGUAUGUGUCGCUGCUGGAUUCACUCCUGUGGCAAUCGGUUCAGACACAUCCGGGUCCAUCAUCUUCCCUGGAAUGGCAAAUGGCGUUUAUUCGGUCAAGUUACAUAUGGAUUCGGUACCCGAGGAUGGUCUCUUUCGUAUGACUGACAGCUUUGAUGCCAUGGGUCCUAUUGCACGCGAUGUCGACGAUUUGAUCGCCCUCGCUGACGUCAUGACUGGCACGCAAACUGUGAAUAAAAACGCUGAUAUCAUUACCGAGAAGCCAUUUGAGGGCUGGAAUAUUGGGGCAACGUCACCGGAAUGGGGCGUCCAUGAGUCCAUGCUCAAGGGCAAGUGGGAUCAGCCUGACGUACUUGCCAUAUACAACGAAUCGCUUGAGAAUAUUGAAGCAAAUGGCGCCAAAGUCGCACGCUCGUUAAGCUUGCCCGGAGAAGAGACAUUCAAAUACAAUGGCGAGGGCAUGUUUAGCAUAUCCUACCAAGAAUUCCCACAUCAGUUCGAAAAGUUUGCUAGCUAUUUCAGUAAACGAACUGAAAUCCACAAUCUCAACGACCUCAUCAAGUGGAACGAGGCGAACGCGUCCCGAGCCAUGCCGGAACCAUAUUCCACACAAACUGAGCUCAUAAAUUCGUCCAAGACAACUCUUGAUCCCAAAAAGAGAGACGAUGCGCUAGCUGAACUGCGUCGGAUGGCCGUGGAGGCGAUUUCUGGAGCUAUGACGACAGCUGGCGGACUGGAUAUCCUUCUCACAUCCGAAAGCACAAUUAUUCGCCAUCUUGCUCUUGCAGAUUGGGCACAUGCAGCUGUUCCAACUGGGCAAUGGAAAAAGAAUGGUCAGCCGUUGGGCAUGAUAGCCGUUCCCAAGGACGGACGUUUGGAUACUUUGCUGCGAUUUAUGAGGCGAUGGCAGCGAGUUUUCCCCGAUGUUAUUCAGCGGCCUUAG